CUGAACUCGGAAGUAUGCAAAUGUCGUGGUGGAAAAAAGUUCUCAUGGUUGUUUUCGUGCCAGUGUAAAAAGUUAGUCGUUGCUAGACUCUCAUGAGACCGAGUAGAAGCUGUCUGAAGACACCAAAGGGACCAUUAGUGCUGCAGAAUGGGGAGCGAACCAGGCCCAGUUCAAAUUGUUACAGUUUGUAAGGAUGAUCACUCCUUUGCGUUGGACACGGAAGCUUUGUCCCGGAUCCUUUUGGCUCCUGAAGUCCGAGACAAACAUGUGGUGGUGCUCUCAGUGGCUGGAGCUUUCAGGAAGGGGAAAAGCUUUCUGCUUGAUUUCAUGAUACGUUACAUGUGCAGAAAGGGCGAUGAUAACUGGUUGGGUAAGGAUGACGAGCCUCUGACCGGAUUUUCUUGGCGAGGUGGUUCAGAACCAGAAACAACAGGCAUCCAGCUGUGGAGCAAAGUUUUUCUUGUCCGAAGGACUGAUGGAAAAGAGGUGGCUGUGGUGUUGAUGGACACUCAGGGAGCAUUUGAUGACCAGUCUACUGUGAAGGACUGUGCCACCAUCUUUGCCCUCAGCACCAUGACCAGUUCAGUUCAGAUUUACAAUCUCUCACAGAACAUUCAAGAAGAUGAUUUGCAGCAGCUGCAGCUGUUCACAGAGUAUGGUCGUCUGGCCAUGGAUGAGAUCUUUCAGAAGCCCUUUCAGUCAUUGAUGUUUCUCAUCAGGGACUGGAGCUUCCCCUACGAAUACAGCUAUGGGUUUAAAGGCGGCAGUGCAUUCCUGGAUAAACGGCUACAAGUUAAAGAGACCCAACAUGAAGAGCUGCAAACAGUGAGAGAGCACAUUCAUUCAUGCUUCACCAAGAUUUCCUGCUUUCUGUUGCCUCACCCUGGGUUGAAGGUUGCCACCAGCCCUUCCUUUCAAGGGCAGCUUUGUGAUGUGGCUCCAGAGUUCAAACAGCAGCUGGAGAUUCUGAUGCCUAAACUGCUGCACCCAGACCGCCUGGCUGAAAAAGAAAUAAAUGGAAACAAAGUCACAUGUAGAGGUUUGCUUGAGUUCUUUAAGGCUUACAUCAAGAUUUACCAGGGAGAAGACUUGCCACAACCCAAGACUAUGCUUAUGGCUACAGCGGAGGCCAACAACUUGGCGGCUGUGGCAACAGCUAAAGAUCAGUAUUACAAGAACAUGGAGAAAAUGUGUGGGGGAGAUCUGCCCUAUAUGGCUCCGAACUCAUUAGAAGAGAAACAUAACUUUUUCUUCAGAGAGGCUCUUCACACCUUUUCAUCCACCAAGAAGAUGGGAGGACCCGAGUUUUGUGAACGUUACCGAACUCAGCUGGAAAAAGAGCUUGAGGAAAUGUGGCAGUCUUUCAGCAAACACAAUGACUCUAAAAACCUCUUCAGCGCCUUCCGGACCCCUGCUGUGCUCUUUGUCCUGGUCUGCCUGCUCUAUGUUCUGUCAGGCGUGUUGUUCUUUAUUGGCCUGUCCACCUUCGCCUUGGUGUGUGACUGCACUCUUGGCUUGGUCAUGAUGGCCAUGUUGAUGUGGGCCUUCAUCCGCUACUCUGGCCAGUACCGGAAUGUGGGCGGAGCCAUCGACCAGGCUGCAGGUGUUGUACUGGAACAGGCCACUGUGGUGUUGAACAAGUCGAGAGGAGCAAGCACCAUUGACCAGAAGAAAUCCAGCUAGAGGGCCUCCAGACUCCAGACAGAGAACACAACUCAAGCACACUAAAGCCUUAUCAUCCGGGUUACAACACAAUGCCAAUUCACCAGCAUUUUUAUUAUGCAGAUUACACAACCUGUGCAAGUCCAGGGUAAAAGGCAGGAACUUUAACAUCUCAAACUUUCUAGCUACUACUUCAUGUCAUCAGAAGAUACUGCCAUUACUUUACAGGUUUAAAAUGUCUCUUAAUGGACAAGUCAGUGUUUACCUUUUAAACUUA